CCACAGUUUCCCCUUUCUUUCAUAUGUGGGUCUGUUUGUGGUGAAAAGAAGGGACGGCGCUUCCAGAAUGUAACGGCGCCGCGCCGGCGGGCGGGGCUUAACCGCCAGCAGCCAAUGGGAGGCCGGGGUGUCGCUGCGAAGCCCAGCUGAUAGAUGAGUCAAAGCGAGGGGAGCAGCCGAAAAGGUCUCACUUGUUGCUGAGCAGGAGCAGAGAGCGUCAGCUGACCGCGGAGCUCCGACCGCCUCGUCCCCAUUCAGAGCCUGGAACCGAACCGGGAGUCCGCCUGCCAGCCCCGCCGCACCGCCGCCCCACAGGAAGUUUCAUGUCGGCGCCAGUCCAGUAUUCAUGGCCGAGCGGACGCAUCUGUCUCGUCUGUGGACUCCUCCUCCUGGUCUCCUCCCCGCUCCUCUCUGCAGGCCGGCUGAACUGCUCUCACCCUCUGGUACCAGAACAUGGAGGUUUCCGCUGCGACCCGUCUCCAUGCCGCGGGUUUCCUCCUAAGACCGUCAUCCAGAUCUUCUGUGAGAACGGAUACCACACGGGCAACAAGAAGCCCAGCUCCAGGUGUCAGCGGGGGAGGUGGACCCCCAUCCCGCCCUGCCUCCCCAUGAAAGACGGGCCCAGCAUGAAGCCCGAUGGCGACAUGCCCAGCAUGGCCACCACCGCGGUGGGCGUGUCCAUCUUCCUGCUCACCACCACCGCCUGCCUGAUCGUCAAGUCCCGCCUCUACCCCUGCCGAUCGCACGGCCGCCGCUCCUCCGACCAGCUGGACCUGAUGGUGGACGGCCUCUCCGUGUCUCUCCCGUCCUACGAAGAGGCGGUGUACGGCAGCUGGGGGCAGCGCAUCCCUCCCUGCUCCGCCCCGGGACCGACCCAGCUCCUGCUGGCCCAGGAGGAACCCGGCUUCUGCCCGUCGCCUCCAGCCGGCCAGCCGGACGGCGGCCACCAGCCCCUGCUGUCCAUCCAGAGCCCGGAGAACGCCCCUCCGCCCUACGAAGAGGUCCCAUCGUCCCGAUCCAGAGACCGGCUGAACGACGGGAACAUCCGCCAUCUAUCGGACGAUAAGGACACUUGAUCGCCGAGGAGCUCCUGUGGAGACGCGAUUGUGACAGCUGGUGAUCUUCAGCGUUUCAUCUGAUGAACAUGAAGGAGGAGCAGCUGAUUCCUCCACCGCCUGCACUUUUCCUGAUUGGCCGCAGCUGCACGGCUUCAGAACGGAAAUGAUUUUUAGACGAAGCUGACUAAAUCCGAUCGGCCAGCACAGAACACAGGACUCUGUACGUUGAGGUACAUGAGUCAAUAACAUGCCUCUGUUAUUGAUCAUAACACUUACACAGGUUCAAAAAAUGCUGACUUGGAAAAAAAUCCCCGCUGUUUGGCGCCCCCACCGCAGCGCCCAGUGCGUCGACGGAGCUGGCUGAGGACUGAAGCGUUUUUCUAAAUAAAAUGUUGAUUGUAUUGAGUGUGUGUGUUAUGAAUGUAAGGCUUGGGCUGGAUGUUGUUUUCCUCCUGGCCGGUUUCUAAGCUGUUAAACGUUAAUUUAUGUAAAUGUUUUAGGCGUGUUUUCAGUUCUGGAGACGUCGUUUUUCCCUCCCCUCAGUGAUGGGGCUGUGUUACAGGAACGUUUCCUGUUUCCAUGGCGAUCGACUCUACGCCAUUCCUGUCUGAGACUUUUGCACGUCUUCAGGUGCAGUCAGACUGGUGCACAGAUUUAUGAAAGUAAUUUAAGCGUUUUAUUAAUUGUACAUAAAAUAAAUAUAUUUUGAGAGAUGAGAACAAUCAAAUGGGUUUCUGUUGUAAUCAGUGGAGAGCGGAAUGUAAAUAUCUAUAUUUUUAAUAUAGCAUUUAAAUCUACUACCUAAGACUGAUUUUCUUUAAAUCAGACUAAUGUACUUUUGUGUUUUGCUUUUUAUUUCUUAACCUGCAAAAAAAAAAAAUCUUUAAAUGGCCUGGAAGCUUCGGACACUUCCCUGUUUUUAUUUCUGCAGGGAUGCCUUCAGACCUUGAAUGUAUUUAAUGUUUGAUUUUGUGUAGCUGUUAAAAGGAUUGUAAUACUUGCAGAUGAUUAUUUGUACAUUGUAUUAUUGCACAGAAUUCUAAUAUAAUAAAUGUUUGAAGCGUU